AUGGAUAUGAUGACUGUGACUGAAGACGAGGAGAAGGGAUCGCGGGCGUCAACACCCGCGUCCAACAGGUCAAGUCGGUUCUUCUAUAAUGAACCGGGCAGAGGAGAAUCACCUCAAAGAGAAGAGGACGGAAAUAGCACGACCGAAGUAACUCCGAUGCCAAAGACUCAAAGAAGGAAGUUUCUGCGUAAAAGGCCAGGAACACUAUCGGAUGAGGACUCCGUUAACGAAAGCGGCCUAACCACCUCGAAACGCGGCAGAGGUAGACCGCCAAAUACUGGAGCAUCCGCUGGCCAGUAUAAGGCUAAGAAGGUCGGGUUGGCUGAUGAGCGAGAGCUCCAGGCACCAACCGCGACCAAGAGCGGGAACCUGGACUCGACAGGGAAGUUUCUGAUCCCGUGUAACUUGCGGCUAUCAGAAUACUCCACAACCUCGGACUGGAAUCUGAACGACAAAGAUGACAAUAUGACCAUGAGCGCACUAGAUGCAACUAUAACAUCCAAUUUAGACGCCAUUGUUGAAGUGGCUAAAAAGUCCAAAAGUGCCUCAAUUGUGACUAUCUUAAAGGAGUCCACGACUGCUAUACAGCAGGCAUGUGCGGUUCUGCUGAAUCGCUCUAAGACGGAUGAGAUAAGGGCUCUAGAGGCGGAUAACGCACGCUUGUCCAAGGAAAUCUCAGAGCUGAGAAAUGACCUCAUGGCAAUAAAACGCGAACUCUCAUAUGCGCGAUUGCAAACAGCUCAGCCGCAUACAACUAUUGCAACUUCGGAGUUGAAUGUGGUAGAUUUUAUGCAGCAAGCCGUGCAAGAGGCAGUUAAAUUAUCAAGUGCCAGAUUAGACGCGAGGCUAGAGGGUCUCGAGGCCCGGCUUUUGCCAGCGCCUAGUAUACGUCCGCCCCUCGCGGCAGAUAAAAAGAAAGAUCGCACUGCUCCUGCCACAAUACCCGCAGAGCCUUCACAGAGCAGGAAUAAAAGAGGACCUGAGCUGGAAACCCGGUGCCCGGUGGUCACCACUUUAAUGCCGCCGACCAACCCGGGUCUAACACAAAAUAAAAGACGGAAGAAGACGCGCCAGUCGGCUGCUGCUGCGGAAGCGGCAAACACAAGGCGUAGUGUAGCUGAAGUAACGACGGCACCAAGGCAGUCUACGGAAGAGUGGUCUAGAAGUAAGGAAGAGGCAAGGAAAGUCAAGGCGCCAAAGAAAAGAAAGAAGAGAAAGCUUCGCUCUCCCAAGACUUCGGCUGUAGUCCUCACUCUACAACCGGAGGCGGAGAAGCGAGGCAUCACAUACCUAAGUGUGUUAGAGGAGGCUAAGAAGCGUGUCGACCUGGUCGCUUUGGAUAUUCCAGGAGUACGAUAUAGGGAGGCAGUCACCGGGGCCCGUAUCUAUGAGGUUUCCGGGAAUGCCAACAAAGACAAAGCUGAUGCCCUAGCUGGCAAGUUACGAGAAGUCCUUGGUGAGGAGAAUGUGCGCAUCUCUCGCCCUCAAAAGUGCGUCGAGCUGCGUAUAACCGGUCUGGACGACUCCGCAACUCCAACUGAAAUCGCAGAGGCUGUCGCCAGAUCAGGCGCAUGCUUGGUCAGCAAUAUAAAAAUAGGGAAGAUUCGCCGCGAUCGGAACGGCCGUGGCUCCGUCUGGUUGAAGUGUCCGGUGGAUGCAGCCAAGAAGAUCACGGCUCCGAACACUAGAGUGUGCGUUGGCUGGACUGUGGUGCGCGUAACCUUACUUUCCGCGCGCCCUAUGCGGUGUUACCGCUGCCAAGAGACCGGCCACGCACGUUCGAGAUGCGGCUGCGAGGUUGAUCGUACUGGAUUGUGCUACCGUUGUGCGCAGCCAGGCCACGUCUCCGCGUCUUGUCAAAAUGCAUUGCACUGUGCACUGUGCGAGUCGAAAGGCAAGCCAGCAGAUCAUCGAGUUGGCAGUUCUAUCUGUGGUAAGGGUGCGCCAAAAAAGAAAGAUAGUACAAAGAGGAAACCCGCAGAAACAGCAGCGGUAUCAUCUGUAGCAGAGAAGGAAGCUGAAAUGGAAACAUAA